AUGUCAGUUGACGCCACUUGUCUGUCGACCGACGUCCUUCAGGAGCUCCUCUCCUAUCUCUCCGUGGACGAUAUGCUGUCAUUAGAGCGCGUGAGUGGGUCAUGGAGACGGACGCUCACGCCCGCGAGCUUCUGGACGCACGUGCGUCUCGACCGCCGAGGACACAGCAGCAGCAGCAGUCCGUGCGCGUCCACACUCGUCAAUCUCGUGGCGAAGCGUCACGGUCCACAGGUCACGAACCUGACGCUCGUGGGGUGCGUCAUCCAAGAAGGAUCGAUCGCGCAGUCGGCCCAGCAGUUCCGCAGUCUGACGCACUUGACCAUCUCGGGCUGUCACUCGCUGUGCGAUCGCGACUUUGUAGCAAUUGUCGAGGCCUCGAGCGACCACUUGCGCGAGGUGCGCGCUGUCAAGUGUCUGCGACUCACCGAUGUAGCUCUGCAGGCCAUGGGCGAUCGCCAUCCGCAGUCGCUGGACCGGAUAAACUUCAGCUACUGCCGACAGAUAUCCGAAGACGGAGUCAAGACGCUCGCUCGAACCUGUACGAACCUGCGCGUGAUCAAGUUGAAGAGCUCUCCGGCAGUAACGUCCGCUGCAGUCGCUUGCAUUGCCACCAACUGCUCGAAGCUGGAAACGCUUCUGGUGGGUCGAGGCAGGAAACUCACGGACGACUGUGUAGUGGCUCUCGGAGACCAUUGCCCGCGGUUGACGUCGCUCGACGUUUCCCAAAGUAACCCGUUCGGACGUGGUCGAGGUGGUGUCACUGACAGUGCUUUGGCGCACCUGGUCGCACGAUGUACGCAGUUGAAGCAUCUGAAGCUGUGCGGUCAGGGCCGAUUGACGCUCUCGGGGCUGCGGUCACUUGCUGCUUCGAGCCCGACACUUGAAUCGCUGGAUAUCGGUGGAUGUUGUGGCAUCACCUCGCAACCUCUCGCAUUAGCUGCCGAGCUCGAGGGCAUGCGCAGACGUCACGGUCUCAGCAUCGCGUUCUCGCAAAGUGCGAUGAAAACCCAGGUCGACGUUAUCGCGUCUCAGUGCCCGCAACUGAGAGAGUUACGCGUCGAUGGCGGCAAAGUCGUCACAGCGUAUGCCUGA